AUGGACCCUGCCAGCCUUGUCGGUUUGAUCGGAUCGAUCGUCAGCAUUGUCGACGCCACAUCAACGGCGACGCAUAAGCUACUCAAGUCUGCCAAGCUCCCUGAUGCAUUCAAACAAGUCGAGAAGCACCUCCCUCUGGUCAAGCAGACGCUGGAAGAUGCUCGCCGCACCAUAGACAAAUCCAUCACCGAAAAGCAGCGGAUUGAGAUACAAGAUGUCCUACACGACUGCAACAGCAAGGCUCGCGAGCUGGACCGUAUUUUCAAAGACCUCGGAAUGAAAUGUAACCAGGUCGGGGGAGAAAAAUCGUGGGACACGAUCCGCGGCUGGUAUCGCCACAUUCUGCAGGGCGCCAAGGGGCAUAGGGUCGAGGCAUUGAUGAACGACAUCAUGGGCAGUCUAAUCAAGCUUGGGACACUCAGCACGUUCAGAACAGCAACGCACAAAGACAUGGAAGAUAUUAAGAGGGCGCUGCAUGAGCUUUCCAACAUAGAGCCGUCGCUGGAUGAUGCGGAUUUUGAGGCUACAGGCUCGAACUACGCACACCAGACCGUGGCUUCCGGAGCUGUUGGACAGCAAAACAAUCCGACGGGUGGAACGAAUACUUUUGAAUCAAGUAUGUACAGACAGGGCAAUGGUGGAUCUAUGCACUUUGGCGCAGACCAGUUUUGGCCAGACUUGCAUGUCACCGAUCCUCGCGACGACAAGGCACGCAUAGAGAGUACGAAAGGUGGAUUCGGCGUGGACUACGACAGCUGGAUCUUGACCUACAACGGCUUCAAGACAUGGCGCAACAACCCGGAUAGUCGUUUACUAUGGAUCAGGGGCGGGUCACGCAAGGGCAAGACCUUGCUGCUAUGCAGUAUCAUCAACGAGCUGAGCGAGACGUCCCGGGAGACUGAGAAGCCAGCCUUCUUCUUCUGUCAAAAUUCCGAUAAACGCCUCAACAGCGGAACGGCUGUGUUACGAGGACUCAUAUUCUUCUUGAUCGACCAGCAUCCCCAGCUCAUGUCCCACGUCCGUGAGGAGUAUUGCAAAAAGGGCAACAACCUCUUUAUAAACAAGAACGCCUGGGUUGCUCUGUCGCGUAUUCUCACCAACAUGGUAGUCGACACUCUUCUAAAAGACAAGAUUAUUAUUAUUGACGCGCUCGACGAGUGUGCCACGGACAAGUACUGGCUUCUCGAUUUGAUUUUGAAGCUGUGUUCAUCAUCUAGCGCCAAAUGGCUCUUUUCAAGUCGCAAUCCGCGCUCAAUCGAAUGUAUACUGGCCACGGCUACCAAAGACACGACACUAUGCCUCGAAUUGAAGGAAGCCUCUGUCUUGAGUACCAUUUAUAUGUACAUCAAGCGUGAGGCCGAAAACCUAAAAUCAGAUUCAGAGCGGUUCUUCGGUAAGGAGAGGUGCGAUAGAGUAAAGCAGGAUUUAGUCAACGACUUCAACCAGACUCUGGCCCAGGUAGAUUAG